AUGGAGGAUGGCAAUACCGGUACUCUUCGGAAGGACAAGGAGACCCCCAAGACAGCAUGGGGGAAAGCAAUGCAAUGGGCAGACGACAACCUGAACUUCUUCAAGAUACAUGUCCUCGCAUUCACUUUCAUCCCGCUCAUAUGUGCAGCCAUCCUCUACGCAUGCAACGGCCGCUUCCCCAUCCGCUUCAUCGACGCCCUCUUCAUCUGCGUCAGCGCCGCGACCGGUACAGGUCUCACGACCGCCGACCUAAGCUCCCUCACGGCGUGGCAACAGACAAUAAUAGCCGCGCUGACUGUUGCGGGAAGUCCGACAACGGUAGCAUGGAUAGCCGUCCUCGUCCGGAAACACUACUUCACAAGUCAGCUCGACGACAUCGUCCAAGACGAACUCCGCAAGUUCUCCGCCGUGGGACCCUCAUUCCCCAACAUCGCCGCGCUGAAGGAGAAGGGCAAAGACCUCGGUCGCAGGAGCAAAGAUUUCGCAACCCGGACCUUUACUCGGCAAUCGGAGUCUGCGGGCUUGCAUCCGAGAGCGGUACAUCCCGGAGAGAUCAAGAUCGUUGCGGCGACGAGACAGAACACGGAGGCGGUCAAUGGAGACGAACACGCGAACGGCGACGAGAGCGCGCAGAAUGCUAUCACGAGCAGCCCUGAGCCGCUCUCGCCACUUGCGCUUGACGAUCACCAUUCGCAUGUGCAGAACUUCCCGGACAUUCCUAGUCCGCCACCUGCGAACAAUGAGUUUCUCACGAGCUCGCCAACGCCCAUGUCGCCCAAGUCACUUCCGGAGGACGGUGCACAAGGGAGCGCUACAGGCGUGCGGUGGAGUGAAGAUGUGGACCAGGAUCUGAGGAGACGCGUGCUCGACCCGCGACAACGCAUGCCCACUCGUCGGCAAACUCGCCAACAUACCAUUCAACUGCACGUCGCAGCUGGCCUCCCUCCUCCAGCAGCCAAGGUUGACCGUGGCGGCUUCAAUCCGAUUAGUCUCAUCGACGCCGGCCUCAAACGCGCAGCACCCAACUUCCGCGAAGCAGUCCGGCGCAAACUCACAAUGCCCGCCCAAGAAACACUCAUCGGCGCACAUCCCCGUCCGCUCGACCCCGAGCGCGGCGUCAAGCCGGUCGAUGAGAAGAAGCAGGACGAGAAGCAGGUGCCGUACUUGUUGCCCGGAUCGCGGAUGCCUACGCGGAAUGGGACCAUGGAGAGCUAUGAGAGUUUGAGCGAGGAGGAUUAUGAGGAGCUUGGUGGGGUUGAGUAUCAGGCGCUUAGGGCGCUUGUAUGGAUUGUGCCGGGCUUCUACUUGGCUACGAUCGCAAUAUCGUUCGUGGUCAUCGCUCCGUACAUGUCAAUAUCGCGCUGGAGUUCGACGUUCCUCCCGCCGAACCAACAUAGGCCGAUCAACACGACAUGGUACAGCCUCUUCGAGCUCAUCGGCGCAUGGGGCAACACCGGCAUGUCGCUCGUUGACCAGAACCUCGUACCCUUCCAGCGAGCGUACCCGCUUCUGAUCAUCGUCAUCAUCGUCGCUAUCCUCGGCGAAACGGGCUUCCCAAUCGGGUUACGCUUCAUCAUAUGGGCCUUUUACAAGUUCGCGAACAAGGCCAGCCGCGCACAUGCAGCAUUGGAGUUUCUGCUCGAUCAUCCACGGCGGUGCUUCAUCCUGCUCUUCCCGAGUAGACAGACGUGGUUCUUACUUACGGUCAUCAUUGCGCUGAACUUGGCUGACUGGGCGGCAUUCAUGAUUCUUGACAUCGGUAUCCCGGAGAUCGAGGCCAUCCCGACUGGUGUACGGGUACUGCUGGGCGUGAUUCAAGCUGUCGCGGUCCGCCUUGCAGGCUUCACUGCUUUCUCCCUCGCCACGAUCGCACCCGCCAUGAAGAUCCUCUACCUCGUCAUGAUGUACAUCGCGGCGUUCCCGAUCGCCAUGAGUGUCCGUGCGACGAACGUGUACGAGGAGAAGUCACUCGGCAUCUUCGAAGAGGAAGUAGAUGAGGACAAAGCACUGGAGGAUAUCGAGAACGAGGCUGCGUAUCCGGAGAGUGAUGGCCGUGUUGCGAUCUGGGGCCGCUACCUCGGUCGUCACGUGCGGCACCAGUUGUCCUACGACUUGUGGUGGCUGAUGCUCGCGCUGUUCGUCGUUACGAUCGUCGAACGAGGUAACAUCCGUAACGUGGAGAACGACGAAUGGUUCAACCUAUUCAGCAUCAUCUUCGAGACCGUCUCGGCAUACACAACCGUCGGCCUCUCCCUCGGCAUUCCAACGGCCAACUACUCCCUAAGCGGCGCCUUCAGCACCCUCAGCAAAGUCAUCAUGUGCGCCAUAAUGCUCCGCGGCCGACACCGCGGGCUCCCGCUCAAAGUCGACCGCUCCAUCAUGCUCCCCAAAGAGUUUGAGGCGAGCAAGCGCGCGCAUGUUCGGCGUCUAAGGUCGCAGAAGAUGGGGCUUAAGGGGGGGCUGUUCGGGAUUGGGAUGGCCGGGCUGAUGCCGGGGUUGACAGCUGGGACGCAGCCGGUGCCGGCUGAGCUUCCGCGGCAUGAGAGGUUGGAUACUGUUAGAGAGAGCUCGGACGAGAAGGAGGAGGUGCCGAGGGGUAACUCGGAGGAGACGCGGGGUGGGUCGGAGGAGUCCAAGGCGAAUGUGGACGUGAAGGAGCGCGAUGUUUAG